AUGACAUCCCUCAAACAAUUUAUCCGGAAUGUUCGAUCGGCCAAGACAAUUGCCGAUGAACGAGCAGUCAUUCAGAAAGAGAGUGCCGCCAUUCGGGCAUCAUUCAGGGAAGAGAGCCACGAUUCGGGAGUCCGGAGAAACAAUGUGGCCAAGCUUCUCUACCUUUUCACACUCGGCGAGCGAACACAUUUCGGUCAGAUCGAAUGUCUGAAGCUGUUGGCGUCUCAUCGGUUCGCCGAUAAACGGCUGGGAUACCUAGGUACCAUGCUGCUGUUGGACGAGAACCAGGAGGUGUUGACAUUGGUGACGAAUUCAUUGAAAAAUGAUCUGAAUCAUUCCAACCAGUACAUUGUCGGCCUCGCCCUAUGCGCGUUGGGCAACAUCGCCUCGGUCGAAAUGUCCCGAGACCUGUUUACCGAAAUCGAGUCCCUCUUGUCCACGGCGAACCCCUACAUUCGGCGGAAGGCGGCGCUGUGUGCCAUGCGCAUCUGCCGCAAGGUUCCAGACUUGCAGGAGCACUUCCUGGAAAAGGCCAAGGCUCUUCUGUCGGACCGGAACCAUGGUGUGCUGCUGUGUGGCUUGACACUGGCGACCGACAUGUGUGAGGCGGAGGAGGCGGAGGAAGGACAGGAAGGCGUCAUCGAGAUGUUCCGGCCGCUGGCCCCGGGGCUUGUCCGGGCCUUGAAGGGCUUGACGACCUCUGGUUACGCUCCGGAGCACGAUGUAUCAGGCAUCACGGAUCCGUUCCUCCAGGUGAAGAUCUUGCGCUUUCUGAAAGUACUCGCCAGAGGAGAUGCGGCCACCAGCGAGUUGAUCAACGACAUUUUGGCCCAGGUGGCUACCAACACCGACGCGACCAAAAAUGUCGGCAACGCUAUCCUCUACGAGGCCGUUCUCACGAUUCUCGACAUCGAAGCUGAUUCUGGCUUGAGGGUGUUGGGUGUCAACAUCCUCGGCAAAUUCCUUUCCAACAAAGACAACAAUAUCCGCUACGUCGCGCUGAACACGCUCAACAAGGUGGUGGCAAUCGAGCCGAAUGCGGUACAGAGGCAUCGCAACACCAUUCUGGAAUGCCUCCGUGAUCCUGACAUCAGCAUCAGACGGCGAGCUCUCGACCUGAGCUUCAUGUUGAUCAAUGAGAGCAACGUGCGUGUGCUGGUCCGGGAACUGCUCGCUUUCUUGGAGGUCGCCGACAACGAGUUCAAGCCCUCCAUGACCACUCAGAUCGGCAUCGCUGCAGACCGGUAUGCUCCGAACAAACGGUGGCACGUCGACACCAUCCUGCGCGUGCUCAAGCUGGCCGGCGCAUACGUCAAGGAACAGAUCUUGUCGUCGUUUGUGCGCCUGAUCGCCACCACGCCAGAAUUGCAGACUUACUGCGUGCAAAAGCUUUACACGUCUCUGAAGGAGGAUAUCUCUCAAGAAGGUCUGACGCUUGCGGCCACCUGGGUGAUUGGCGAAUAUGGCGACAGCUUGCUCCAUGGGGGCCAAUACGAGGAGGAAGAACUGGUCAAGGAGGUCAAGGAGAGCGACAUUGUUGACCUUUUCAACAAUAUCCUCAACAGUACAUACGCGACGCAGACGGUGAUUGAGUAUAUCACAACGGCUUCGAUGAAGCUUACGGUGCGCAUGACGGAUCCAUCGCAGAUUGAACGGCUGCGGCGCUUCCUCAACAGCCGGACUGCCGAUCUGAGUGUGGAGAUCCAGCAGCGCGCCGUCGAAUAUACCAAUCUGUUUGGCUACGAUCAGAUCCGGCAAGGCGUUCUGGAACGGAUGCCCGCGCCAGAGAUCCGUGAAGAGCAGCGAGUUUUCGGCGCCCCCGCCAAGAAGCGUCAGAGCAAGCUCCUCAAGGACAAGUCGAAGAAGCCCGCCAAGCAAGCCGAGCAGGACCUGCUGGUCGACCUCAUGGGAGGCUCCGAGGGUCCAGCCACCAGUACUGUUGCCAAUGGAUCUCAGAACACCGCCGAUCUGCUGGCAGAUAUCCUCGGAGGAGACUCGGGCAUCUCUUCACCUGCUCCCCCGGCCGCGCAGCCCAGCAGCAGCACCAGUGCAAUCAUGGAUUUGUUUGGUUCGAACGGAACCCCCUCCCCCCGCCCCGCGGAGCCGGCAUCCGCAUCGGUGGAUAUCCUGGGAGGUCUCGGGUCCGCCCCGUCUCCCGUGGCCUCGCCGUCCGCCGCCGCAAUCCACACCGCAUACAACAAAAACGAUCUUAGUCUCACGCUGCAGGUGCAGCGGGGCGGCAACGCCACCGCACAGAUCCAGGCGCGGUUCCGCAACAACUCGAGUUUCAAUCAGUUCUCCAACGUCGGGCUACAAGCUGCGGUCCCUAAGAGCCAGCGGCUCCAACUCAGCGCGAUCAACAAAGCCGAUCUUAGCGCGGGAGACGAAGGCGUCCAGAUGUUGAAGGUUACCGGCCUCAAUGGAGCUCUGCCCCCCAAACUCCGCCUCCGUCUGCGCAUCACAUACUCAAAAGACGGCUCGGAUCCAGCCACGGACCAAGUCGACUGGUCCGAGCCUUGA